AUAUGGGGUCCGUGCUGGAGAGUGUAGCGUGACUUUGGUAAAGACGCGUAGAUUUGUAAGAUUUAAAAAAACAAACAAACUAGUCUUCGUCUCUUGCGCUUGAGUAUAUAGACCUCUAAAGUUCAUACAUUCGUGUGAUUUAGACGCUUUGUCAUUUGAGUUUGGAGCUGAACUCCGUAGCAUGAACGUUAGCCUCACCUUUGACAGACCGCGGUAGAAGAAACUGGAGUGCGCGUCUGUACGGGAUUUCACGGUAACCACCAAGCGGUUAGGAGAAAAUCGCAGAACUGCUGAGAUGGUCAGUCAUCUGUACGGUACGUUAAAACCGAGUGUUAUCGUUGAACAAACUUGAAAACAAGCGUUCUGUUCCUGACGGGACAAAAAGAAAGUUCGUGUGCUGUAAUUAAUAAGAAAGUGUGUUGUAAUUCAUAAGAAACUUUCCUUUAAAUCAAACGCCUUGUGGUUACCGUAAAGCCUGGUGUAUAGUCGCGCGACAAGGUUUUGACAGCAGCAUGCCUCUGCACUGAGCGUCUUGGCAAGUACACUUUUGUCAUGUGUCCGUCAGGGCUUUCGAGGUUUAUUAUAUUUUAGCAGUAGAUAUAUAUUUUUAAAAAUAAUAUUUUGCACAAUGACAGGGUUAAGCUGAAACUUUGCACAGUUCAUAAUAGCUUCGUUGUAGCCGAUGUGGUGUAGCAGCUGCAAGAUCUCGCUUCCGCACACUGUGUAAACCCGUUCAGCGCCUUGUGAAACGACGUGUUAAGUUCAUUACGUGUCGGAUUUUGUUUGUUUGUGAUUUAUUAAACAUGCUGCUGUCAUUGAUCGUGCACACGUACUCUCUGCGCUACUGCAUACCGGCCGCGGUUAUGCUCGGCACUGCGCCGGUUUACCUGCUCUCCUGGGGCGCAUGGCGACUCCUGUCCACUGUCCUACCGGCCAGACUGUACCACACCGUGGACGAUCACAUCUACACCGUGUACCAGAGCAUGGUACUGUUCUUCUUCGAAAAUUACACCGGGGUUGAGAUUAUUAUUUAUGGAGACAUACCAAAGAAGAAGGAGAAUGUCGUUUAUCUCUCCAACCAUCAGUCCACAGCGGAUUGGAUCAUUGCUGACAUGCUAGCAAUUCGCCAAAAUGCACUCGGCCAUGUAAGAUACGUGUUAAAAGAUGGUCUGAAGUGGCUUCCGUUGUACGGCUGGUAUUUCUCUCAGCACGGAGGCGUAUACGUCAAGCGGAGCGCCAAGUUCGAUGAAAAGGCCAUGAAAAGGAAACUCCGUUCUCAGGUGGAUGUAGGAGCACGAAUGUAUCUCGUCAUAUUCCCUGAGGGAACACGCUACAACCCUGAAUUUAAGGAAGUAAUUAAGGCCAGUCAGGCUUUUGCUGCAAAAGAAGGACUUUCUGUACUGAAACACAUUCUGACACCAAGAAUGAAAGCAUCACAUGUAGCAAUAGAGUCCAUGAAGGAGCACCUGGACGCAGUUUACGAUGUCACAGUGGCUUACGAAGGCACUCUGACUGCAGAUGGGAAAAGACUGUCUGCCCCUUCAAUGCCAGAGUUCCUUUGUAAAGAAUGCCCCAGAGUGCAUAUCUACUUUGAGCGCCUGGACAUGAGGGAGAUUCCUCCAGAGCCGGACUUUUUCCGCAGGUGGCUUCAUGAACGAUUUGAGAUUAAGGAUAAGUUGCUGACUUCUUUCUAUGACUCUGAGGAGCCCAACAAAAAAUGCAAGUUUCCAGGACAAGGUCAAAGGUCACUGCUAAGCCUCAGAAAGACGCUCCCUUCACUGCUGGUGUUGGGUGGCCUCACUUUGCCAGUGCUCUUAACCGAGUCAGGUAGAAAACUCUAUGUGAAAACAUGGAUCUAUGGGACUGUUUUGGGAUGGCUGUGGGUUCAUAUACGACCAUGAGGUAAUAGAAACCACUGACCUCCUGCCAGCUCGCAUCAGCAUGACGAGACCGGUGCUGGUUGGAUGCUUGUGUUUUCAGCCAGCCAUGCUGUCACAUCUUGGAGUGUUUUUCCCCCCUGGUGUUAGGGCCAAGAGGUGUUUGCUGGAGGAUGACCACAUCUCUCUUUAUUCACUGCUUCUUUUGUUUUGAAGGCUUUGUUUGGUUUUACAUUCUCAGUAUCAUAUCCAUUACGUUGGUUAUCUUAAUAUUCUGAGCUGGAAAUAAAAGAACAGCAUUUUAAAUGGGGUUGACAUGCUUAUACAAAGGUCGGCCAAGAUAUUUUAUUGUGUUCAGCUUUCCAAACGAGUAUUCAUAUUAAUGGAGUUUUUGGUUCAGAGGGUUUUUUUUUGUUUUGUGUUUUUUUUUUUUAAAUAACGCUUUUGUUAAAAUUGUAUUCGUUCAUGAUUGGGCUUAGUUAAGAUUGUGUAAUUUGUCGUUUUUGCAUGACAUUUUGCUUUGUUUACACAUCAAGUGUGCUUUAUUUCUUUCUUUUGCUUAGUACUUUGGUUUGUUUGUUUGUUUUGUCUUUGCAAAACGGAUUGUCUCAUACAAUAUUGCCAAACUUCAGGAUGCAGGAGCAAUAUACUGUCACUAAAUACCUAUCUAAUAAAAUAUUAUAUAUCCGCAGUAAAAUGCAACAGAGAAGCAUUUCACUGUACUCUGCCUUUUAACAUGCAAAAUUAACCCUGUUACCUCGGUUACCUUUUCCAUUAUUUAUUUGUUCACAAAACUGUAUUAAUGUAUUUAUACCACAGUGGGUUCCAGUAUGAUGCAAUAUCAGGUGAAAAACCCCAAAAGACAAUUUACAUCUCAGCGUUUUACACUGAAAACUUAAUCUGUUCAUUGUAGUCUCAUUUUAAAAGUCCAUGAAAAUACAACUCUGAUAUGUCUCUGUUUAGGCAUGUAUUGACAUUUAACAAGCGCAUUCUACUGGAAAAUAAUGAGAAUACACUCACUGACGGCUUAAGGAAACAUCCAUACAUCUGCUUAUUCAUGCAAGUAUCCAAUCAGCCAAUCAUGUGGCAGCAGAGCAAUGCAUAAAAUCAUGCAGAUACAGAUGAAGAGCCUCAGUUAUUCAUAUCCGAAUUAAAAUCUUAGUGACUGACCAGACAAUGUUUUUUUUUUCUAAUCUUCACCUGUCCAAUUUCUGUGCACACAGUAGUCUCCUAUUCCUGUUCUUGGCUGAAAAAAGUGGAGCCCAAUGUGGUCUUCUGCCGUUGUAACUUGAAGGUUUGGUGUGUUGUGUGUGCUGAGAUGCUUUUCUGUUCACUAUGGUUUUAAAGAGUCAUUAUUUGAGUUACCAUAGCCUUCCUGUCAGCUUGAACCAGUCUGGUCAUUCUCCUCUGAGCUCCCUCAUCAACAAGGCAUUUCCACCCAUAGAACUGCCGCUCACCGGAUGUUUUUUGUUUUCCGCACUAUUCUCUGUAAACCCUAGAGACUAUAGUCCUUGAAACCAGCCUGUCUGACACCAACAACCAUGCCAAGGUCAAAGUCACCAAUAUCACAUUUUCCCCCGUUCUGAUGUUAGAUGUGAACAUUAACGGAAGCUCUUGGACCUACAUGAUCGAUGCAUUGUGCCAGUGCCACAUGACUGGCUGAUUGCAUGAAUAAGCAGGAGUACAGGUGGUCCUAUUAAAAUGGUCAGUUGGAGUAUGUCUUCAAGUAAACUGCUGCCAGUUUUUUUU